AAAGGUAAUGUUAUUGUUUUAUUCAUUACUAUUUUACAGCGUAUUUUUAUUCUACCGUAGUAACAACUGAAAACUCGUUUGUAGGUUAGAGUAGUGCGAUAUAAUAUGCAGAACAACCCCCAGGAGCUUUCAUGGCAGGCGAUCCAGGCUAUCGUGGGGGUUAAACUACCUCCGAAUGUGUUACGAUUCGACGAUAUUGGGUUCCAUUUAGUCAAUAAUUCGGUUUCUAGUGCCGAAGAUUCGGACUCGGAUGUGGAAAUCGUUGAAAAUGAAUGGGAAUCGGACAAUAACAUUUCAUCCAAGCCUGAAAACUCUGAUAAUGAAAAAACAUCGCCCGACAGAGAACAAAGCGAGUCUCCCGUUCUUCAUCUCGUUGAGCCCGAUAACAACAAUUCGGAUAAAGUUUCGUUAGAUUACAGAGACUAUUUAGUGAAAAUGGAUACCAAAGAUAACUCAGAUAUAGACCAAAUGAUACAAGGACAAAUUGAUGACACGGAUAGUUCGAACGGGAAUGUAUUGUCGAUUGAGAACUACCUAGAGGUAACUCUGUCGACAGACUCAGAGGCUAGUCACACUUGUAGUCGGUGUAAUCAAAUGUUCCCCAGUGAGCAGUUGCUCUCCGCCCACGAGUGUAGCGCAAAACCCACCGAAGAGAAGAAAUACCCAUGUCACAUGUGUUCGGAAAAGUUUCCAAGUUAUUGGGAGCUAAGAAAGCAUAUAAACAGUCACUUUCCAGGAAUGUUAGACUCGAAAUCUAGCUUCUGUCAUCUUUGCCAAAAGGAUUACACAAAGACGGGCUUCAUGAAUCAUCUCCGGAAGCAUACAGGGGAGAGGCCAUUUGUUUGUGAACUCUGCCACAAAGCAUUCUCACAGUCGAGUUCUCUUUCCAUUCAUAUGAAGUUUCAUCUGAAUGUACGUAAACAUGCUUGCACCGUUUGUGAGAAGAAGUUUGUAACAAAGAGUGAACUCUCACGUCACAUGACUGUGCAUACAAAACAGAAGUCCUACUAUUGUGGGGUGUGCGAUAAGGCUUUCACUCGCUCCGACAACAUGAAAAAGCAUGAAAAAACACAUGGUUGACAGUUGAUGCUUAAUUUCUUGUCUCAUGUUAAUUGUAUCACAUCCUGCAAACUUCUGCAUUUAUGACAUAAAAUAACAAAGUUGUGUCUCCAUCUUCAAAUGUAUUACUCAUAAUGUUGGAUAUGAUACUAUUAUCAUUGUGCUGUUGUUUCCGAUUCUCUAAUUGCCAAAAAAAUUUAGUCAUAUGAUUUCUAAUGAAAAGAUUUUCAUUGUUUUAUGCCAAAUUUAAAAGUUUGAUUGCCUAGUUUAUAUUUUAGUCAUAUUAUGGUGUGUUAUGUGAGUUUACUCAAGGUGUGUCGCUGUAGUUGCUUUUAAAUUAAGGAUUUUAUUUAUGCUAUACAUAAAACUAUGUUUGGAAUACAUAUAUGUAAUGUUAGUGAUUGCCUUUUGAGGUGCUUUAGUAUAGUCACACAUAUCUCAACCCAAAGUUGCCUUUUAGAUAUGAUAAAGUGAUAUAUUUCUUGGAAUUAGGUCAAAAUGCCCAAAGUUUCCAAUAGCUGUAGUCCAGUAUUUGUUUGAGAUAAAAAAAUGGGGCCUUUGAACUUUAAACACUAAAGCAAAUAAUUGUUCCUGCUUUCUCUAAAGAGCUUUAAUAUAAAUGUAUAUUUUUGUACUUUGUAUACAUUGAGAUGAUGCCAAAUGAAGUGUCCUUUUGCCAAACAUUAGAUAAGUAAUAAAAAUGACUUUAAAACUGUUGUAACCAAAGCAAUAAUAAUUUCUUAUGUGCCUAACUAUAUUUUGUAACAAAUACCAAAUAAUUUCUUAGACUUUAUAAAUUGUAGACCUAGUUAUACCAAAUUGGAUCUAUAGUCAAUACUUUUAUGUGUUUAUUUUAAUUAUUAUUUAAUUAGCAAUGUAUUUUAGCACCAAAAUUAUUCCCUGUGUAAUGGUCUCAGAUGAGAAUUUAGUUAAGCCAUUUCGAACAACUAGUAACAAUUAAGCAUAGUUAAGUUAUUGUAAAAUCAGUGUUGUCCAAUUUAAUGAACAAAACAUCACAAAUAUUUUAUUAGUCACAAACUUGUAAUAUGUAGGAGAAAUGUAGUUAUAAUAAAUGACAAAGUCAAAUAUUUACUUUCAGUUUUACAUAAUGUUUAAAUAUUGCUCGCUCUUAUGAAA